CCUGGACAGGCUGUGCUCGGAUCUGUUCUAGCUGGGUUUGCACAGGUGAUUACAGUAUGGAUUGCUUUCCACAGCACAUGGGUUUGCCAAGACAGGGAUACAAACAGACUGAAUUUAUGCUGCAGUGACAGCUCAGGCAGGUGCUGGAAGUUGUGAGAGUGAUUGGAAUGGGAGAAUCACUGACUGAUUCACUUUCAGAUGCCCGAGGACCCCGAUGAGCUGGCAGUGCUGGAGGAGAUCCAGCAAGAAUUGAUCUUGCAAGAGCAGUUGGUGAUCGAGGAGUACGAGCGGAGCCUGAGGUUUGAUGAGGAGUGUCUCAAUGCCAUGCUGGAGGGCCUGGAUGCCACUGACAGGAUCAUCUGCCCCGUGUGCAGGAAGAAUAACCUGACUGUGAAGACUCACAUGGUUUGUUGCCAGUGUGGAUUGUACAUCAGCACACAGGACAUGACAGAAGGGAAGCUUCGGUCACUCCUGGAAAGCACUGUGACAGAGCACAGUCAGAGGUGCUUCCACAGCCCAGAGUUCACAGUGACCAGUGGCAUGGAGGAGGAAACCACUCUUCUCAUGAGCUGUCCGGUCUGUGACUCCUGGACAAUUCUCCUCUGAGUUGAUUCAGCUGCUGCUUUACUUCUGGAGGGACUUCAAUACUAAAAUCCACACAGAGCUGCUAAGGAUUGUUGUGUAUAUACUCGUACCUGCUGUGUCAGAGAGACACUUUUAAAGGCAGUAGUAUUGCCUUGACCUGCACUUUUAAUGGCACAUUUAUUUUGAAAUAAAUAUAUUUAGUUUA